GCAUCUAUAACCAACAAGAUUAUAGUAAUGACUUUACAACGACCAUUUAUAAUCAACAAGACUAUACUAAUGAUUUAGCUCAAAAUUCGCUCGACGACGUGUUCAAUAACGAUAAAUUAAAUCAUAAGGAUAACGACAAUCAACUUUCUAUUUUAUUUGAAGACGAAUUUUUCUUCGCUGAAAGUGGUGAAAGUUACGUUAUUGAUACUAAUAAUGAUUCGAUUGAUACUUUCUCAGCGCCGAAAACAUCUAAUACUCCAAUAACAUCACAGAUAUUUUCACCUUUAACACAAUCACUCACACAAAUAUUUAUGACAAAAUAUGAUUCAUGUCAUUUUUAA